AUCAGUGUUCACUCACUCCUUUAACUACGCGGUUACCAUUGGUGGUACCUGGGGAACCAGUAGACGCGUGCUUCGUGUGCUACUUACGAACUUUUUGGCGCGAGCGGGUUCUUGUGCGACUAUUUUAAAAGUGAUUCAUUUUUUUUGUGGAUUUUUAAAUUUUUAAUAUGAUUACCCUGUAUAGAACCAUUAAAGGUACCACUAAGGGGAGAAAGAAACGGGAGAAUAAAGGAAUACCUUCACUCGAACUCCCUUUACCAGAAACUUCUGCUGAAAUGGUGUCUAGGCGUAGAAUUUUGUUAAGAUCCCGUGAUGACUUACAUCUAGAUUCCGGAUUUGCACCACCGGAAGAGGAAGAAGACAUUUGGUAUCAGAAAGAGAAGCUUUACAAGGAUCAUAUACAGGAAGUCCUAGAUAAAUGGACACAGAUCGAUGAUGAGAUCUGGGCAAAAGUCAUUGUUUUGGAAAGAAACAGACGAGUAGCCAAGGCAUAUGCUCGCGCACCUGUCUUGACAGUCAAUGGAUCGGAUGAUGGAUUCGAUGGUUUCAGAAUUGGCUUGUGCGGCUUUGACAACCCAAUGCGAGACCAAAAAACCGAGGAAUUUAAAAGACACAUAGGGCAUGGUGUAAAAAUAAAAAUGGACGACGCAGGUAAUAUCCUAAUCAAGCGGAUAUCCAAGUGCAACGUAUACAUAAAAAACACUGGUCAAGACGAGGAAAAUGCUAUAGGAAAUGAAAUUUUAAAGCUACCGAACAACGCCCUAGAACCCGAAAAACCUGUCAAACUGUUUGACAUGAAGAAGUUUCAGUCAAAUGUUAGUAGGGAGUUAAGAAGAGCAUAUCCAGAUCGUAGAAGACUAGAGUGUCAAUGUCUUAGUGCAAUAGCUUUUGUCAAAAACGAGCAUGACCUUCUGGAAUGUCCCAUUUGGGUUCUCAUUAUUAAUGUUGUAGCCAUGGAUAUGUUAAAAUCAAAAUUACCACCUGUGCACCGUGCUUUAGAUAUCAAAAACCGUCCCCGUAUCCCGAUACCAGACGAAGACCCGUAUAGCAUUGCAGGAAAUGGCAGUGGAAGUUCUGGUAGCUCGGGCUUUGCUGGCGGUAGUGUAGCAGCUACCAGAGAGCAGCUAUUACUACAGAGCCAACAGCAUGCGCAAAGGCGUGGGGACAAACCACCUAAGUUACCACCUAGAGAUAUUUACCAUGAUAUACCGAAGCCUGACUAUGAUGACCAAGAAGACCAUAACGUAAUCAAAGCAUUCCCAUCUUCCAGAAAUAAUAAAGAAAAAUCAAACAAAGAUAACAAGAAAUAUGAUGAUCCUUACUAUUGUGGCCUCCGUGCGCGUGUGCCAAACUUCGUAGCUAAAUCUAAAUCUAAUAAAGAGUCGCUCCCAUCCAAGAGAUACUCGAUCUCUCAACAGCAACAGCACCAGCAGAUCAUGAUGCAUCAACAUAUGAACCACCAUCAAUAUCAGCAACAACCCAUGUGGCAUGCAAGAAGUUAUGAAAGUGGAAUAGAUUCUGAUGCUGUAGAAUCACCUUAUAACCAAAUAUAUGGCAGACUUCCCAUACCUACAAGGAACUACAUACCAGCCCAACCAAGGACGAUGUAUAUCGGAGAAUGGGAUUAGAUUUUAAUUCAAUUUUAAUGAUGUUGUAUGAUAUUUUAUUAUUAUUUAUGUCGACGUUUUUUGAGUUAGUCGUAGAAUUAAGGAUCUGUUUUCUUUCUUAUUUCAAAAUUUGCUCAAGUAUUUUAUUUUGCUUUAUAACUGAUUAUACUGUCAUAUUAAUAUUUCGCAGGUUUUCUCCGAAGUUUAUUUCUUUGCUAGGUAUACGUCGUAGUAUUUUCAUUAAAUUUAUACAAUAUAUUUCUAUCUAUAAUAUUCAACGUAAUUUAGUUAUUUUAAUUUGUACAUAUAAAAAUAAGCAUAGGCAAACCAUGAAAGGCAAUAUUAAUCAUAAGACUUUUUACAUUUUUAUAUGUGUACCCUUUAAGCUAAAAUACUCAAAUAAUCUUAAAAAUUAGAAUAAUAUAUUUUUUUUGUCUUUUAAUAUGGUGCGUUAUCAUAUAAUUUCUGUAUGUUACAGUAACAUAUUAUUGAGUGAUGUGAUUACAUUAUAGUAAAAACCUACCGUAGUUUAAGGAUUAUGAUAUUUAUCCACUAGUUAAUUCAAUCAUUAUUUUUGUAAAGUUUGUAUAUUCAUUUGGUACUUUUUAUUUAUACAAAUACAAGGUGAUGGCUAAUUAAUAAUA